CUUAAAUGAUCAUGGUCUGUGUUGACAAACUCAGACGCAUGCCCAACGACAUUUCCGGUGGGUUUCUUCCAAAAGUUACAGAAGGGACAAUCGUAAAAAAAAAAUUGCCUUGUUAUCAAAUGCAUGUCCAGUAGCUGUCACUCUGGAGGAGGAGAAGACAGGUCCUUACUUAGAUAGGAGGUUCACGUCUCUGUCUCUUGGAGAGAGAAAUUCACUGACUAAUCCUGGAAUUUGGAGUAACUGCACAAAUUACUUCAGCAUGCCAAUAAGAAGAAAACGGAGCUCACCUACCUCCGAUGAUCCAAGAAAUAAAAAGGCAAAGGUUUCUACAUGGUCAAGACGUAAUGAACUAGAAAAUGAUUUCAGUUCAAAGCGAUGCAUAGCUUGGUUCCAUGAAUAUACAGAUACUGAUGAAGAUGUAUUGGGUCCAGAAGGAAUGGAAAAAUUUUGUGAGGAUAUUGGCGUUGAACCAGAAAAUAUAGUGAUGUUAUGUUUAGCAUGGAAACUGGAGGCUAAAUCUAUGGGAUUUUUCACUAAAGCUGAGUGGUUGAAAGGAAUGACAGAGCUCCAGUGUGACUGUAUAUCAAAGUUACAAGGCCGCCUGGAUUACUUGCGGUCAAUGCUUGAUGAACCUGUACAUUUCAAGAACAUCUACAGAUAUGCAUUUGAUUUUGCAAGGAACAAAGACCAGAGAAGCAUGGAUGUAGAGACAGCAAAAGCAAUGCUGGGUCUACUUUUGGGUAAACACUGGCCACUGUUUGGCUCAUUUCAUCAAUUCAUAGAACAAUCCAAGUACAAGGUGAUCAAUAAAGACCAGUGGUGUAAUAUUUUGGAAUUCAGUAGAUCUAUCCUUCCAGAUUUAUCCAAUUACGAUGAAGAUGGGGCAUGGCCAGUUUUAUUGGAUGAAUUUGUGGAGUGGUAUCGAGAGAAUAAAUCCAUGUCCAGCUGAUCAUUCCAAACCAAUGUCUUUCAUAGAUUCUGGUACCAGUCUACAUAAUUUUAGCCAAUCACUUGUAGUGCUUUUCCACAGAGAGUGAUAAGUUUCACAAAUAUUGGGCAUUGAAUUUGAACAGUGAAAGGGUGACAAUUAACUUUGCAUCUGGCAAGCGAAUAAUUAUGGAGUGUGCUGGUAUACUUGGAGGCAAAAACAUGUAUAUUUUUUAGUGCUAAAAAACCUAAGGUUUUUAUUAAACCAUCUAAUGUGCUGUAUGUUAUUGUAAUAUAAAGAGAAUCUUUAUAUAGAUAAAUAAAAUGUAUUAAAGUGUACAAUGUGUAAUGACGUCAAUGUAUAAUGUACAGUGUAAGAAUCGUAUAAAUUUAUAUUUAUACUUUGAUUAUAUCAGUGUACUAUCCAUUUCACUUGUAUAUUUCACUACUGCAAUUUGACUAAUUUUGAUAGAAGACAUUGCUCAUUACUUCUUUUAAGCAGAUUUGUAUGUGGCUAUAUACAGUUUCAAUUAAUUAUACAUGUAUUUUUGAAUUCAUUAUCUAGUCUGUUGCAUCACAACUUUUGUGUUCAUGGGUAUGCAUAUGCAAAGUGAUUUCCUCAAAAAAAAAAACAUAUUGCAUUUUUAAGUUUUCUUUUUUUUUACUGUUGUUUAUCAUACAUAGUGCUAUUUUGUAUUUUAGGAAGAAAAUCAUUUGUAUGGCACUUAACACAAAAUUUCACAUUUUAUGUGCUUAGUUUGUACAACUUCCACGCUCUUGCAUUCUUUAGAAUUUGAAGGUAUUACCAGUGUAUAUUAAUGCUAGAAAUUUUAUGUGUCAACAUUUUUUUUAAAUGGCCAGUAAUUCUGUAUUAUUAAGUAUGUUUUUGUUUGGCAUUUUCUAAUUGAUGAUGAGUAAGUAGUUUAAAUGAGGGAGUGUUGUCUUCCUGUUAGUUACAUUUCUUGCCGUCGUCAAAAUUUGUACUCGCCACAAAUAACUAAACAUCCCCACUUAUGGAUAAGAAUGCCACAAAAAGAAUAGAAGUGAUUGUCAGUUUGCUGAUAGCAUUGGAGAAAACCAAAGAAGCUCUGUAGGGUAUUUGUGUUUUUGUUUUAUUUAUGCUCAAAAUAUUGUCCCUCAUAUUAAGCAGAUGUUUCAAUGGUACAAGAAGUAGGAGUUAUCUAACUUGGUUGAUCAAGCUAUUUUGUCACACCAAGAGAAUUCUGAGUCUUUUAUAUUUUGUUGAUACACCGUAUUGUAAUAUUGGUAAGUGUAAGUGCUGAAGUUGUAGGUGUUUUAUGACUCAUUCCUCCAUAAUUUCUAUUGCAAGCUAUACACAAUAAUUAUGUUUUUGUUGGAAUUACCAAAAAAAAGAAUCAUCAACAGUAUUCUUUUUGAAAUGAGAAUGCAUGAUAAUUUUUUUUUUUCUUUUUAUCGUGGUUAGCAACAGCACGCCUCAGUUUUAUUACGCAUUCUGCACAAAAAAUGGCAUCAACACUUGCACUUUAAAAAUUAGGGAUGGGUAUCACCAAAAAUAUUUUAUCACGAUAUAUUUCGUAGGGUUUUUUUUCUCGAAAAAUAUCACUAUAAUAUCAUGAUAUUUUUACAUGCAGUUUUUACUAUGAGUUUAAAUAAAUUUCCAUAAUUUUCAAACAAAUGUAUUUUGAAAACAUAGCUUCACUUUUUUUCAUUUUUAUUUAUAUAUUACGUGUAAUGAAGCAUGUUUGGAUUCUAUGAUCCCAUUGUUU